UCUACCUGCGCUCCUCUCUCUCUCUUUCUCUCCCCCAUAGCCGCCCAAACUUCUCUCUCUCUCUCUCAGUCACCCGUUCGCGCCACCGCCGUCGCCGUCACCCCGCCACCGCUGCUUGCCCUUUCAUAGCCUGCAGUAUCGCCCACCGUUGCCUCCCCUCGCAUCGCCAUCGUCCCUCCCUCCGCCGCUCGCACAGCCGUCGCCCCCACCACCGGCCAUAGACCGCACGGUUGCCCCCCCACCCCCGUCGUCGCCCCGAUCCGCCAACAUCCCCGACUCGCGAGGUUCAGCCAUGGCCGCCCUCUUCCUCUAUUUUUCUGAUAUAUACAUAUAUAUCUGUGUUUGUGCAUAUAUGUAUGUGUUUUUAUUCACCCAUUUUCUCUCUCUCUCUCCCCCAUAGCCGCCCAAACUUCACCCGUUCUCUCUCUCUCUCUCUCUCACCCUCCAUUUCCGAGCACAGCCAGAUUCGGCUACCAGCAGCGGCGGCGGCUUCAGCAACGGAAACGGCGGCUGUGGCUCCCUCCUCUAGCAUCCGGAGACCGGCCGCUGUCGAGAGCUCGCGCUUCGUCAUGCCUCUCUCUCCAGCGUUUCAAGUCAGCUAUUAGGGCAACUGGAAGCUUUUCGUGCCUUCUGGACCACCGGCACACCCACGGCGAAGAAUGGAUUUCGUUUUGAUGAUUUAGUGUCUUCUUCUUCUGCCUCCCAACUCAAGCCGUUGGUUAAGAAUUUUAAUAAGUCGGAGUCCACUCCUAAUUAUUCUCAAGAAGAAGAUGUGCAUUUGGGGGUUGCACAUUAGAUGUGCAAGGCUGGAAAUUAUAAGCAAGCUCUGGAGCACUGCAAUGCUAUUUAUGAGAGCAACCCACUGCAUUUAUAUUAUCAGGGGAAAAUACUAGAAGAAUAGGAACUGCCAAAUCUGAAUGAUCCAAACCAACUGGGUGGAAAAAUAUGCAGAAGCAGAGAGAUGAUGGAUUCGAGAAAUGCAGAGAAACGAGGGAGGAAGCACAAGGCGGUGGAACCGCAACGGGGCGACUAAUCUCCGAUCAGCACCACCACAAAGGCGGAAACAACCCCGCAAUGGCGGCGGAGUCGGCCACCGCCCUCCAAGCCUUCCUCGAUCGCAUUCCCAUCAACUCCAUCACCGGCCUCAACAACUCUUCAACCGGUGCUUAUAUAUUCAUUCUUAUUCGUACAGAUAUUCAUUUAUUGGAUUUCUGUUCCUAAAUCUACCUCUUCAAUUUCUUCUUCUUCUUUGCUUUUAUUUGCAUUGCGAAGUGUUGGAUCUUAAAACCAGGGACUGUUUGGGAGAUGCAAUACGUUUGUUGUACGAGAAGAAUGUUUUUGGCGCUGCCAUAGCAGACGAUGGACUGGAGGAGGAAGAGACCACCAUUGGCCGGAGACAAGCCGAUCGCUAUAUUGGAUUCAUUGAUUUUUCUAGAAUGGUGCUCUGGUCUCUUCGGGAAUGUGAGAAAACUGAUACUUUGGCGGAUGAUAAGAACAGCAAUGGUUUCUUCUCCAUGCUAGAACAUAAUCCCCAUAUUGCCAAAAUUCAGGUUGGUGAUCUAGCCAAGUCAUUCCUUUGGGAUCCCUUCCUCCCCGUGCGUUCAAGCGAUUCCUUAUUCCAUGUUCUGUUGCUUCUUUCCAAACAUCGGCUACAUUUUGUGCCAGUUACCGAACCUUCCAGUACGAGGCUUAUUGGCUUUGUCACUCAGAAUGCAGUUAUCUCGCUGCUCCUCCAGUCGUCUGGACUCGAAUGGUUCGAUAAUAUUGCAGACAUGGGUCUAUCAGAUAUCCGCUUUGAAAAUGAGGAGCAUGCUGUUUUUGUAUAUGGAGACCAAAGCAUUGCAGAGACAAUGCACAUCCUGUGGGAAAGCCGAAUAGGUGCAGCUGCAGUGAUGGAAAGGGGGACUAAGAGACUCAUCGGGUCCUUGAGCAACAGUGAUCUAUAUAUUUUCCUGGACAACAAUGAUGUUUUUAACAACAGAAAGAGCCUGACAGCUCAGGAACUUAUUCGCAUGCAAGGCAAGAAGGCAGAUUCUGAUCCCAGCAUUGAGCAAGACCUCGGGGCUUCUCUUCCAACCGGGGUUCUCAAUCUGAGAAACAACAGCCUUCCAAGGAUUGAUUCGCCGGUAACAAUCAGGAAAACUGACACUCUCAAGCAAGCCAUGGAGAGGUUGACAAUUACAAAUUGCAGCUUCUGUUUUAUAGUGGAUGAAUUGAGGCAAGUACAAGGUGUGCUUACUCUCAAGGACAUUAUCUCUCAGUUUGCUCCACCCUGUAUAGAUUCCAGGAUCAAUGGAGGAGGGUUUUUUGACACUGCAUUGGAACAGACUGGGUGCCACAUUGAAGCAGGAACCAUGAUCUGUGAUCACUGAUAUGUUCUCCAGCUCUUGACCUUUGCUCUUUCAUGGGGCUUUGAUCAGUUAAGUGAAUGCAUUCUUGCGUUUGUGUGUAGAGAUAAGGCAAAAAACAGAGACUUAUUUCCUGUUACAUGAAAGAAUAUGCAUAUUGCUUU